CGGGAUGACGGAGUGAUGCGCAGACAGUCGGAGGAGGGGCCGCUGAAGCUACAUGUGCUCGGGUGUGGGCGUGGGUGUCAGAGGCAGGAAGAUAGAGGAGAAGUAGUCAGAGGUGAUUUGGUAGUUACAAAGGGCAGGUCCCGCGUCCCUGUUCCCAGCGGCCUGACACACGCUCUUGGCGGGGCGGGGCGCGAGGCGGAGACGAGCGGCGGGCGGUGGGCGGCGGCGCGGGAGAGAGAGAGAGAGAGAGAGAGUGAGAGUGAGAGUGAGAGUGUUUUGGUAACCUGUCAACGCCUUCCCUUCACACACCGUCAAAUCUACUCGCUUGAGCGUGUCUCCAUCGGCAGGCUGAGGCGUGCCGGGGGGGCCAUGGGCUGCUGGGCGACCUUCCGGCGGGAGCUGCGGCUCUCAAACUUCCGCGUCACCCACCCGGAGCCUCACGUCUUCCUGGUCUCGGAGUGGCAGGAGCAGCCGGUGUCCUGCGUGCGGCCGUGGUAUGUGGUGUACCGCUGGGCGUGGGCGCUGUAUCACCUGUGCUGGUGGUCGGCGAGCCUGGCCAACGAGGGGGGCCUGGACGCCUCGCUUAAGAGGAAGGCCUACCACUUUAUCUACCUCACCAACUGGGCCUACCUCAGCAUAGUGGUGAUGACAGCCGUGCACGCAGGCCUGGUCACCGACGCCUGGCUGCGGUACCGACGCACCGGCCAGCUGCCCAAGACCACCACGCUUCGCUUCAAGGUGUUGUGGGUGAUGCAGAAUGUGGUGUUCCUGCCAGCCCUGCUCAUCACCGCCGCCUACUGGAGCGCCGUGUACAAUCCAGCUGACCCCAUCACUGCCAUCAACGCCGACGUGCACAUCAUCAACUCAGUGUACGUUCUCCUCGACCUCUGCAUCUCCGCCACGCCCGUCCGCAUCCUGCACUUCUACAUCCCCUUCCUCUUCAUGACCGUCUACCUCGUGUUCACGCUAAUCUACUGGGCGGCGGGAGGCACCACGCCCGACGGAUUCACCGCCAUCUACCCCAUCAUGGACUGGGACAACCUCUCUGUCACUCUGCCCUUCGUCGUCUGCUGCGUCAUCUUCAGCCCCUUCAUGCAGGGCUUGGUGUGGGGCGUGUACCGGGCGCGCGUGGCGGUGCGGGAGCGGUGCUGCGGCGGGCGGUCGUCCUUGGCGCCGCUGCCCCACCCCGCCACCAUGGACGUGAUCCUGGGCCGCGACGCCUCCAUGGAGAGUGUCUACGCCCGCACGCCGGACCCCGUCACCGGCCAGACCGUCUCGCUGUCUCCCGUCACCCCUCAGAACGUGUACCAGAACCCCGUCUCGCCCCAGACUCAGUACCAGCCGCACAACAACACCCAGCAGGCACCCGUCACCCAGUCUGUCUAGCUGGCGCCCGUCACUGCUCUGUCUAGCUGACCUCCAGUACCACUCAGGCUGCCCGGCGUCAUUAUUUGAACUCUGCUGCCUCCUGUCACUGCCGAGCUAAUGCCUGUCACGUAAACUGUCCAGCUGGAUCCUGUCAUAGCAGAACUGAUACCCGUCACGUCCCCAGCUGACAUGUUCCUGACUGUCCAGCUGGCACCCGUUAGGUCAUAGGCUGUCGGGGUGGCGCUCGCACGUUCUUGAGUGUUGAGGCUCCCGGCAGUCCUGGGCAGCAGUCUUGGGUGGAGGCAGCGUGGUGUUGGCGGGCGUGACGCGUGACCAAUCUGUGUCGUAAUGAUGUAUACGAGUGUUGUGUUGAUGGAUUCGUCUUCCUCCUCAUUCGUCCCUCUUCUCUCCAUUCCUCUUCCCCGCCAGUCCUUUGCUCUCCCGUUCUCUUCUAUCUCCUACACCGCCUUCCUUUCCUAUACCAUCCUUUACCUCAUCUACUCCGUUCACUUUCAUUCAUCUUUCUGUCACGUUAUUCCUGUUUUCUCCUUUAUCCUCCACAUUUUCCUCUUCUACCUAUUCCUUUUUUCUACUUUCAUCCCAUUUUCUCCAUUCCCGUUCUCUUCUAUCUCCUACACCGCCUUCCUUUCCUAUACCGUCCUUCACCUCAUGUACUCUCAUUGCUUUCGUUCAUCUUUCUGUCGCGUUUACUCUUAUAUCCUCCAUAUUUUCCUCCUCUACCUACUUCGUUUUUCUACUUUCAUCCCAUUUUUUCCAUUUUCCUUUCUAUGUCCCUUUCCAUUAUUCCCUGUCCUACCAGCAUCUCUUUCCUUUCAUUCUCCAUAUCUCUAUUUCUUUUACUUCCUAUCUCCCGUUCUCUUGUGUCCUCCUCCUCCUCCUCACCCUAAACUGUCACCUAAGAAGCCAGGAUCAGUCAAGCCCUCUUAUUUAUUAUCAUUUGUGUCAGAAAGAAGUGUGUAGACGCGACUGUUUGCCUCGAGGUUCAGACCAGCCGAACCAGCGCCUCACGAAGCUCCGAGUCUCAGUGAAGCCUCGUUCGAGAAUCUGGUGAGAGCUGGCAACCCUCACCUCGCCUCCCAUCGCCAUUAUUGCCACGUACUACCAUCUGUGCGUGUGUUUGUGUGUGUAUGUGUUUGUGUGAAGGGUCUGGUGGUGUGAUGAUAGCAGUGGUGGUGGUGAUGGUGAGUUGUUGUUGGUGGUGGUAAUCAGUGUCAUUGUGAAAUGAUGGGGUGCUGGGAUGGUGGUGGUGAAGGUGGUGUUGGUAAAUGGAGGAUGAUGUGGUGGUGCUGAUGGUAUGGUGAUGGUGGUGAGGUGAUGAGGACAGAGGUGUUGAAAGUGAGAGGUAAUGAGGACAGGUGUUGUGAAGGUGAGGUGAUGAGGAUGUGAAAGGUGUGAAUUGAUGGACAAAGGUGAUGGAAAAGGUCUAUUGUUAUUAUUAUUAUUAUUAUUAUUUAUAUUUAGGAGACAAGAUGUUCAAGUUACCCUCACUGACUGACCGAAUCUUUGCCGUCUGUCAUCAGUAAGGGAGUUUUUUUUAUAGAUUCGUUUUUAUCAGUUAUUUUCACCUUUAAUUCACCUGAGAGAGCCAGGACAACACGGUGGUCAUUGUAUGGUUCCAUUUACUUACUAGUCAAUAACCUUACCUCCAAAGACGUUAUUGCUAAGUUGAUUCGUGGUUAUUUAUUUAUACGCGGAUGAUUUUAGUUACGGUAUUUUACUAUAUUUUAUUGAUUGACGUGUCUACGGUGACUUCCUAGCAGGUUGUCAAAGAAGGAAGAGCUUCGUCUGCACUUCAGUAAAACAAAGGAAACCAGGGAGGCUUUCGUAUGUCAGCCCCUCGUAGGAAAGGAACACAUCCCCACGAGUGCGAGGUCCUGUAACUUGCAGCUUCCUUAUUGGUGGCGGUGCACACGACGUCUGAAGGAAACAAAAUAUGGAUUGAAGUAGGUUUUUUCUCUCUCAUAACUCCCGCUUACCCCUCAAAAGCCUGGCCUCACCCCGGCACUGACUCCAGAUGCAUCGAUAUCAAUUGUGGAUGUUGCGUGUUACUGGAUCUCACGGGCAUAUUGUCUUGUUGGGGUGACUGUACCUUCGUGAAAAAAAGAAACGCCUUCCAGGUCAUCUUUAAGUUCAUUACCUCAUUCAUACACUGAUGAUCUCCAUUAAAGUAUUUUACUGUGAGAGACUUGGGCGUUGUGUUUCUACGGCGGUUCAUCAAGGGAAGGCUUUGUCUGUAUACUCUGGUAAAGCAGCUCCGUCAGUUGCUGGGCCUCCGUCGAGGUGCGCGCCGCCGCUGUGUUGUCCUGUCAGAGAUUCUUGUCGCUGGAGAAGGUCCAUGAGUCACAAGUUUUCCAGACAGCUCGCAUCAGUGGUCUGCCUGAUGUUAUCUCACACAAAAGAUCUUGUAAAAGGAAAAUAGAAAACCAUUGUUACAGAAAGAUGUACGAAUGUGUUAACAUAGAAUUUCAGUAAUCUUUGUCGCUCCCCGCCAAAACAGUGAUGGGAAGCAUAAUUCUGACAGCCUACAGCUUCCCGGAGACUGCUUGUGUUGUGAGUCACGCGGACCCGAGAACCGAGCUGCCCGGAAGACUCUUUAAACGUCGGACUAAAGAGAGACAGACGACACGCCUCCCUGCAGUGUUUCAAGGCUCGAGGGAGAUGAUGAAGGCGGCGGCGGCGGCGGCGGGGUGUGCAGGGUGUGAGUGUGGAGGCGCCGUGUGUUGAACGCUACUUACUCCUUGGUUGGCACGAGGGUCCUGUUUGUACUGUGUUUUGUAUAUUGGUAAAAAAAUACACUGUAGUUAAGACGAUU